AUGAGUGAAAACAAUAGCAGUAAUAAACGUAGAUGUGCUAAAAGAUUUCAAGUCUAUAAACCUGAUAUCCAUGAUUCUGAUGGUGAUUCGGAUCCUUAUGCAACUGAUGGGGAUAGUGAAUAUUAUGAAUUAACUUCAGACUCUUUAUCCGAGGAGGAAGGUGGCUAUAAUCUCAAUCCUAACAUAUUGGUAUCAAAUAGUAGCAUUGAGGCGACGUCAGCUUCGGUUCAUGUUACGCCCAAGAGAACACGAAAAAGGCAAAUAAAAAAAGACGAAUGGAAAAGAAUGAAGGCAAAGAAAGCAAGAAUAAGUGGAAACGAAUAUAAAACGAAAAAAGGUAAAACUAUCAAAAAAAGGGAAAUGGAGUUUUGGAUGCACGAAUGCAGGUACGACUGCAUGAAAAUAUCAGAAAAUGAUGCACUAAAGCUGGAGGUACAUCAUAGAGUUGUAGAAAGUGUUGUAGCUGCCAAGAAAAAAGACACUGAAUAUUGCACAGAACACUCUCUCUCAACUCGCUUAAUAUCCUUCGACUUGGAAAAAACGCUAGCCACACCCCUGCUCACUACUAAUAAGAUAUAUUACCUCAGACAGCUGUGGACAUAUAAUUUUUGCAUACAUGAAGUCAUUUCUGGUAAAUCUUACAUGUAUACUUGGAAUGAAACAAUUGCUGCACGAGGCUCUCAAGAAAUUGGUUCUUGUCUGGUGAAGUAUGUUAAGCAGCUGCCCCCAGAAGUUAAACAUCUAGUUGCCUAUUCUGAUUCCUGUGGAGGGCAAAAUAAAAAUAAAAACAUAGCUAAGCUGUUCAUGUAUCUGGUGCAAUGUACUAGUCUGGAAAGAAUAGACCACAAAUUUUAUGAAAGUGGGCAUUCAUACAUGGAAUGCGAUAGAUCGUUUGGCCAAAUCGAAAAAAGGAAGAAGAAAUACCCUCAAGUAUUUAUACCUGAUGAUUGGGUUGACAUUAUUAAAAAGACAAGUAAAAAUUUCAUUGUCACCUGCAUGAGUGACGCCGAUUUUCUCUCAUUCCAAUAUCUUCAUGAGAACAUAAAGGAUCCAAAGAAAGAUGAAGAAAACCGAAUAUUCAGAUGGCGUCAAAAUGUCUGGUUUAUUUAUACAAAGAAUGACUUUUUGAAGUUUUCUUUUAGGGUGUCCAGAAAUGAAAGCUGGACUCCAAUUUAUACCGAAAGUUGCUCUAACCUAACAAGGGGAAGACCAACCUUCACAUUGGAAAACCUCAAUAAAAAACUCUACAAGAACGCAUUAAAAAUUUCAUAUGAAAAGUAUGAAAAUUUAAGGACAUUAUUAUAUUAUAUACCCCCUUGCCAUCAUCAAUUUUAUAUUGAUUUGCCUCAUGAAAGUAAAAAAGGCAAGAAAGCAAGAAAAACAGCUAAUAUAACCCAGUUAGAUAUACCGUCAACUUCCGAGGUAGAUGUGAAUAUACUGCCAACUCAGACAUCAGAAAGUGAAGGUGAUAACAGCGAUGUUCAGGAUCUGUUGGACUCAGAUUAUGAUGAUUAA